ACUGAGCACGAGGCGUUGCGCACGCCCCAAGAGCGCGCAGUGGAUACGAGUUGUACAGUACGCGCUCCAGGAAAACACAGAAAACGUGGAUUUUAUUGAGAGGAACCCUGUCACAUUAAACCUUUACGAGAGCAGGUGUCGUUACGCGUCGCUGUCAUCUGCUAACGAUUUGCGCGCUGUUGUGGUUGCUGCGCGACGCGUUGUUUUAUUUCUGUCAGUUGAGGUAACAGCCGCUGUUCAUGCCUCGUUUACGGAGUCGUAUCGCAAGGGGAAAUUGCGACUUUGUUUUGCGCGUCGCGUAGCACUUUGAAGUGGCUUGUAGCUAUUAUUAAUUUUUUGAGCACCACGUGAGUGGGACGCAACGCAUGGGAUGUGAUACCAAACCCUCAGAAACUUACAAGACCACAGCAUCCGUCCCUGACUUUUGGUACUGCGUUGGGAGUCCGCUUUACAUCUACAGCGUUAAACGCGCACUUUACACUGAAGAAGCCGUGCGUUUUUGAAGAAUGGACACAAAGUGGCCAAUUUAUUUGACUUUUGUGAUUCAUUUUGACUUGGUACACUUUUGAGGAGCUCAGGGAUACUGACUGUUUCAAGAGUUUUAUUGGAAAACUCAACAUAAAUUGCAAUUUGUUUUUUAAUCGAAUGCAUUUGCGUUUUUGUUAUUUUACUUCUGGACAGUUUGGCUUCCACAUACUUUGAAUUUGGUUAUAUGUUUGAAUUAAAGCGGUUAUAGAUCAGCAUCACACACUUGGUUGUCUGGUCCCGGUGAGAAUGGCUGAAUUAUGGGAUGUCCUGAUGACGUUCAUGUGGAGACGGACUCUUAUUUAUUCUGUUCUGAUGUUUUCUAUCACUGAUCUGCGCACCUUUGGAGACGACUCUUUUAAUGGAGAGUCAUGGCUGCGAAUGUACGGCUACCUCCCUCAGGCCAGCAGGCAGAUGUCCACCAUGCGCUCGGCCCAAAUCCUGUCUAACGCCAUUAGCGACAUGCAGCGUUUUUAUGGCUUGGAGAUCACUGGAGAGAUGGACCCGAAGACCAUCGAUGCUAUGAGAAGACCCCGCUGUGGUGUGCCAGAUAAGUUUGGAGGUCAAAUCAAGACCAACGUCCGGCGGAAACGAUACGCACUCACCGGCCACAAAUGGGACAAGACGCAAUUGACUUUUAGUAUUCAGAACUACACCCCUAAGAUCGGAGAGUACAACUCGUACGAAGCUAUCCGAAGGGCUUUCCAGGUGUGGCAGAAGGUGACGCCUCUCACAUUCAUUGAAAUUCCCUUUUUGGAGGUCAAAUACGGCCGUCGGAAGGAACCUGAUAUCAUGAUCUUCUUCGCCUCUGGUUUCCACGGUGACAGCUCACCGUUUGAUGGAGAGGGUGGAUUUCUGGCGCACGCUUACUUCCCCGGUCCAGGAAUGGGAGGGGAUACUCACUUUGACUCGGAUGAGCCGUGGACGAUUGGUUCAGCAAACUUGCAAGGUAAUGAUCUCUUCCUGGUGGCGGUGCACGAGCUGGGCCAUGCCCUUGGAUUGGAACACUCCAAUAAUCCCAUGGCUAUCAUGGCUCCUUUCUACCAAUGGAUGGACACGGAAAACUUUGAACUUCCAGAUGAUGAUCUCCGUGGGAUUCAGCAGAUUUAUGGACUUCCUAACAGUUCCCCAACUCAGGCGCUCCCCACUGUGACCCCACGUCGACCGGCCCAGCCAGGCCCCAGAGCACCCACCCCACCUAAAAGCCCACCCGGAUCACCCCCGCGCCGUCCAGACAAGCCCAGGACCACCGAUCGACCCGAUCACUACGGCCCCAACAUCUGUGAGGGCAAUUUCGACACGGUCACAAUGCUGAGGGGAGAGAUGUUCGUUUUCAAGGGUCGCUGGUUCUGGAGAGUGAGGAGGAAUAGAGUGCUGGAUAAUUACCCGAUGCCUAUUGGACACUUUUGGAGAGGCCUGCCGGGAGACAUCGACGCCGCAUAUGAAAGACAUGAUGGCCGCUUUGUGUUUUUCAAAGGAAAUCAGUUCUGGUUGUUUAGGGAAGCUAACCUGGAACCGGGUUACCCUCAAGAACUGAUGGACUACGGUAGAGACAUCCCUUACGACAAGAUAGACACGGCCAUCUGGUGGGAACCGUCUGGAUUCACUUAUUUCUUCAAAGGAGACAGGUAUUGGCGCUUUAAUGAGCACUCGAGAGCCGCGGAUCAGGAAUACCCUAAACCAAUAAGCGUGUGGGGCACUUCUGUACCCUCUUCUCCCAAAGGAGCCUUCCUCAGCGAUGAUGGAGCUUAUACAUACUUCUACAAGGGUUCAAAGUACUGGAAAUUCGACAACCACAGAAUGAAGAGCGAACCGGGUUAUCCAAAGUCCAUUCUCAAAGACUUCAUGGGCUGCAACGUUGACCUCGAUCCCGACAGAGACACCGAUGUGGACCCAGGCCGCAAGGGGCCCGAUCGGCCACCUUUUAAUCCCGAUGCCGGACGAGACAAAGAUAAAGAUAAGGAGAAAGAGAAAGAGCCAGACAACACUAAUGAUGUCGACCACACAGACAAAAUCGAAGAAGAAACAACCGACGUGAUAUUGAAGAUUGACGAGACAGAACGCACCAUGAACAUCAUCAUGGUGACGGUACCACUGGUCCUGGUGCUGUGCAUCCUGGGAUUGAUCUACGCCAUCAUUCACACACUACAGAGGAAAGGAGCGCCUAAAUAUUUAGUGCACUGCAAACGCUCGCUGCAGGAUUGGGUUUAACCUUUCACCUCCGUUGUGCACCCAUAUCAUCCAAUCAAAAACAAUUUGCACACACAAACACAUAAACGCACACAUUUCAUUCACACGUCUCUUUUUUUUUCCCAUGGUGCUUUUCUCUAACAUGUCGAUUAGUCUAUUUAUAUCAGAAAGUUUGCACAUUGAUUUUUUUUUUUUCGGUGUUCUUAUUCAUAAUAUUUUAUUAAUUUGUGGGAUUUUCUUAUUUUCUUCAGUUUGAAAUGUAACAAUUAGACCUCUAGAUCUGCACUCAGAGCUAAAGAAGAACAGACUGAGGGAGAUUUGGAAAAUCUCCAAAAGAGGAAUACGGAAGCGGAGAUGGGAAUAACUUCCUGUUUGGACUCUGAGCUGCGAUGUACCUACCGACCGGGCAACUCAUAUUAUAACUCAAUUAUAACAUGCCAAUCAUUAACAUUAAUAUAUGGAUAUACAGUAGGGUCCAAAAGUUUCAAGCUACUGUGCUUGGGAAAAUGUUUAACUAUUUAUUUUCCUGUACAAUGCAGAAUAUUUAAUUAAAAACAAUAUUAUUGGUAUGACAAUUGAAAUCAGAUUUAAGAUGAACACAAGUUUGAGAUGUUUUUAGUGUUUAGCAUGUCGCUUUUUUGCUUUUAUGACAACAUGCAGUUGAGCUGGCCUGGACUCCACAUGUUUGUCCAAAAUCUGAUGAUUGCUGUUAUCCCAGCAUAACUCCAGAAUUUUCCCAAGAGAUUUAUGUGUGCCAAUGGAACCAAGAAAAUCACAAUUAUCUGCCUACGUUUGAUGACAAAUGUUGAUUUCCAUGUUUUGAGAUGUGGUCUUAGACAUUUGGACCCCACUGUAUGUUCAUGUCAAUAAAUAUUUUGGUCAUCCAGAUUACCAUAGCACGUUAGUCGAUUAGCAAUAAAAGCAGCUGGAUGUUUUUUUCCGACCGGUAACCAAGUCCAGUUGCGUUUAACAACAUUUUUAAUGCAGCAUAGCCAUUUGUUUCAAAAUCAUAAAGUAGGGACUUUUCUCCAGAUUUUGCUGACUUGGUAUGAUCACAACAAAAAUCACAUUUUACUGCCUCUUGUUUAAACGGUGCCUUGGUCUUGCCAGCCAAACAUGUUUUUUUGUGGUUUCGUCGUACAUAUUUGUAGAGCCGCUUCGACCUCUUUCGCUUCACUUGAGACUUAUGAAACUUGGGGCAUUGUGGUUAAAGAAAUAUCUUACCUUUGCUGAUGUAGGAGCAAUUCGCUAAAUAGGUUUAUACAUACUGUAUGAAACCGAGGCUAUAAAAGCAUACAGCUACGUGCACCAAUUUAAAACUCCAUAAAAUGCGCUCACAUUCGCUUCAGGGCCCAAUUACGAAUAAAAAUCCUAAAACGGUGUUCGUUGUUGCCCUCAUGUCAGGAUUGUUAGAUAAUCCUCUCAUUUUGAAAAACAGCAGGGGCCUAAAACACAAUGCAAACAUUUUCCCACCCCAAAUCUUUCUCCGACUCAGAAAUAUGACUCUCGUUGACAAUGCAGAGGUGGCCAGGACAGGAAUAAAAGAACAGGAACAACUGUGUGAGUUUAAAGAAAGGGUUAAGACACAGAAACUUGAUCUACCAAGUCUUUGCACGAGGGCUUACUGUAUGUUUUAACAGCUCGGUGUGGAUUGUAUUACAGUGAUGGUGCAGAUUUUAGGGGUGGGGGUGAAAUAAACAGGCAAGGAUUAUCCUACUGCAUACUCUACACAAGCCUGAUUGAUGUGUCAUUGUGUUUAGGAACACCGAUAUAUCGGCCUGUAAGUGGCAGAUGAGAGUAUUUUUCCCAUCAUUAAACAUCGGCAGAUUGUUUCAAAACCAAAUACCUAAAAACAAAACUAUCGGUAUCGGUAACGCCAAAUGCAGGGUUCCCACGAGUCCAUGAAAUCCUUGAAAGUUUGUGAAUCUGGUGGAAAAAAUUCAAGGCCCUGGGAAGUUUUUGAAAAUAUACAUACAUAGGUACAGGUCAUUGAAAGUGCUUGAAUCUAAUUUAUGCAAGGAAAAAAAUCCAUAUUAGUCCCUGUGUAGUGUAGGAAAAUAUCAUACAAAUUCUAGACUUUUUAAGCACACGUGCUAAACUGUUCACUUUAAAUGCUUAUAUCUUCUGUAUGCGAAUGUUGAUUCAUACCAAAAUGCUUUUUUGCAUAGUUGUGUUUGACAAAUGAAAAUGUCUCUGGUUAUGUAACUGUUGUUCCCUGAGAAGGGAACGAGACGCUGCGUCUCCCUCACCAUACUUCCUGCGUCCCUGUAAUGCCGUAUUUGGCAAUAUUUCAGAUAGCGAUAUACUUCCUGGCUCCCACGUCACCCUGUCUUUGUCGUUAAGCCUCACCAUUGGUUGAAUUUGAUAUACACAUUCAGGCGCACUUACCCCUGGAGGCGUCCCCAAAGUGUCACCGCAGUGACGCAGCGCGAGUUCCCUCGAAAGAGAACUGUUACAAUGUAUCUUAAAAGGUAUCGCAAUGUAUCCUUGCUCUCACUUGAAAUGUAUCCCCACAUUUAGUCCUUGAAUGUGAGGGUAUUGGACUUGGAAAGUCCUUGAAAGGUCCUUGAAUUUGAAUUUAACUAAGGUGUGGGAACCCUGCAUAUGUGAUUCUAAGUAAUCGAAUAUCGGUAUCGACACCGAUAUUUCGUGUCUGUGCAUCCCUAGUACCAUACCAAUUCAUAAUGCAAUGCAAGUGUUGCUUUCUUGCAUACAUGUGUAGAGUUUGUUCUUGACCUCAUCUGAGCUUUGUUAGAUAGCAUGCAUAACGGCGCCAACCCUGUAUGAGAGUUUGUUGGCAUACCAACCCAUUUUUGCUAUGGCCCACCACUGGUAAUUUUUGGAUCACUAGUAAUAUGAUCCCCUUUUCAUUCACGACUUUUCAUUACCCAGAUGCGAUCUACUAGGCACGUUUCCGAACAUUGUACGAUUAAACUUCUCUCAGAUAGAUCUGUCUUUGCAAUCUGUUUUUUUUUUUUGCUUAGCCUAAUGUCUAACUUCGGAAGAUUCCAUAAACUCGACAUAGUACGCAGUAUUCAGAAACAAAACCUUUUUAAAAGUGAAAAAUGUCCCCGUCACGCUCUCCGAACGAGUUUGUUCUCAGAGGAAAGCGAGACUGAGAGUAGUGUUGUAAAUAUUGCUCUGUCAGACAAGGGUAAAGCAUAAAGCCCUUUAAUAAAUAUUACUCCUAGAGGAGAGCAAGGACAGUCGUGAUAUGAAUGCCGUCACUUAUGAGUGCACCCCUCACCGUGGUGCUCCUGUCGUCUGGGGAGAUUUGGGAGAGAGUUAAUCAGACAUAAAAGCUCCUCUGCGUUUCGCUCGGUGCCCUUUACCUUCCCCUCCUUCCGCCCGGAUCAAUGAGGAAUACAGAAAUAGGCUUUAAGGAUCUCGGCUCACUCAGGCUUUUUUCCCUUCCUUUUUAUUUUAUAAAUAUGUUUUCCCAAAUGUGCCACUGCUUUAAGCGCCAUGGUACAUGAAUUAGGCAGCAUACAUCAUAGACGUAAAAGUCUGUGAAAACCCAGCUAAAGGUAUUUUUAAGGAUGUAAAGAACAUUCAGUGAAAAUAUAACCUAUAACCUAAGUAAGAUCAUAAUUGAAAUCAAAGUUUCAUACUCUAAAUCUUAAAGUUAGAGUAUGAGACUUUAGCCUGGAUUUCACAGACACGGGGUCACAUAUAGCCAGGGGUCCUUUUGAAACCAUUGCUGUAUCACGGUACCACAACAGUACUUUAUUUGUAAGUCUAAACUGCAUUAACGUGCAUUACUUCUUGUAUUCUUUUGUGUGACUUAUCUUGUGAUAGACAAUGACUGCGUAAUCAAACAAGUCUGUUUGUCAGUAUUUAAUACUGUAGUUUUUAAACAUAUCCAUCUCGAAUCAACCUCAGGCCAAGUAUCUGACUGGCUCUUAUAACAAUGGCCUCUCUCUCUCUGCAUUAUUGCCGGGCACAUUGCUUCUGUCCGACCGGGCCCUCGGCCAGGGCCACAAAGCUUCCUACCACCCUAACAUAGCAUUCUUAACAACAGACUCGAGUGUGAAUGAUGAACGCUGGCUGUUUGGGUCACACCUUUCUCAUAAACAGUUUAGGAUCACGCUAGAAUCACCACCCAAAUGGAGCGUGUGUAUAGUAUCGGUCUGGACAGUGAGGUUGUGUGUGUGUGUGUGUGUGUGUCUUCUCCUGAUAUAAACUUGAGCUCUGAUCAGACGUGCCUCUAAAAUCAUAUGUUCAUCCCAUUUAUUAACCACUUUUCAUUAGUCAAAUGCAGUUAUUGUUGGUUAACUGAACAAACUGGGUCGAGACAAUAGCGUUGUUUUCAGUUUUGUGGAAUUGGUUGAAUGAGACACGGACAGCGAUGGCAAGCAUGCGGCAGCAUGGGUAGAUUUGAUUUGAAAUCAUCUUGUUGUGUGACGGUGCGUCUGGGUAUGCACGCUGUCUUGAAGGGAAUCUCACUUUACUGGAAACUGACAAAAACAUGCUGUUUAAAAGCAUUCGCAGACAAAACUCAAGUAGCAAAUCACUAACAUUUACUGUAAAGCAAUGAUGUGCAAAUAUGUGCUGCAGUGUUUUUCGUAAACACCUCAUUGUGGUUCUUAUUGAUGCUAUACUGACAUUAAUUGUAUUUACAGUUCAGUUUUCUUGAUCUUAAAUUUGGUCAUUUUAAAAAUUGUAAAUAGUACCUUUUUGAAAUAUUUUUCGUUUUUUCGUGUUUUUUAGAUUUUUACCUUGUUAAUAACAUUCCGAUUUGUGUUUUGAUUUUAUUCUUAUGUAGAAACUGAGGAUUUUAUACAUUUAUGUUUGUUGUCACAUCUGAGUGUGUUUAACAAUCCAUGCUGGACAUGUAAAGUAUAAUAAAAGAUCAAAAUGUGAGAAGAGUCAUAAAAGUGUGA